AAUAUCUUAAUUCUUUAAUUGAACAGAGGUUAUGAAUCUCCAGUCAAUGGAAAUGAUUAGCAAAUUUUUAUCACGAGUUGUCACUUUACAUUCACUAAAAAUUCAACAACAGUCAAUAAAUUUUACUCAAAGAUUUAAUCAUAAAAUGUCACGUCAAAGAGUUCUUGUUACUAGAGGAGAUAUUCCAGAACCAGGACUUUCAAUAUUAAAAAAUAAAUAUGAUUUAAUUUGUUGGAAUAAAACAACUCCAAUACCAAGAUCAGAUUUAUUGUCAAUGGUUAAAGAUGUUGAUGGAAUUUUUUGUCUUCUUACUGAUAAAAUUGAUGAAGAAGUAUUGACAACAGCUGGUGCAAAAUUAAAAGUUGUUAGUACUAUGUCAGUUGGGCUUGAUCAUUUAAAUUUGAAUGCUCUUAAAUCAAGAGGUAUUCAUGUUGGAUAUACACCAGGUGUUUUAACUGAUGCAACUGCUGAAUUAACAGUUGGACUACUAUUGGCAACAUCUAGAAAACUCAUUGCUGCUGAACAUGCACUACGAAAAGGUGAAUGGACAAGUUGGUCACCAAAUUGGAUGUGUGGUCCAGGUCUUGCUAAAUCAACAGUUGGAAUUGUUGGUCUUGGUAGAAUUGGUGCACGUGUUGGAGAAUAUCUUAAACCAUUUGGUGUUAAUAAAAUAUUAUAUUCGAGUAGAACUGAAAAACCAGAUGCUAAAAAAUUUGAUGGACAACAUGUUAAUUUAAAUACACUUUUAAUUGAAAGUGAUUUUGUCAUUGUAACAAUUGCCCUGACACCAGAAACACGUGAAAUGUUUGGUAAAUCAUCAUUUGAUAUGAUGAAAUCAACAGCUAUAUUUAUAAAUAUCAGUCGUGGAGAAAUUGUUGAUCAAUCAGCACUCAUUGAUGCAUUAAAAAAUAACAAAAUACGAGGUGCUGGAUUGGAUGUCAUGACACCUGAACCUAUACCACUUGAUCAUGAACUUCUUAAGCUUGAUAAUUGUGUUCUGUUACCACAUAUUGGAAGUGCUGCUAUCGAAACAAGAAGAGAAAUGUCAGUAAUAACAGCUAAUAACAUUUCAGCUGUUCUUGAUGGUCAUCCUGAAAAUAUGCCAAGUCCAGUUAUCAUUUAAAUAUUAUAAUUUAUAUUAUCUAAAAUAUUCAAUAACUAUUUGCAUUUUCCCACUCAAAUUGAUGACUCUCGGCCAUUUUUCCCACUUGAUUCUAUUACUAUUACUAUAGGGAAAAUGGCCACUACGUUGAUCAUAAUAAUCAAUAAUAUAUAAACGUCAUUAUUGUGUAUUUUUCUAUUUUUCUUUGAAUGUCAAUAAAGUGUUUAUUCAACUUAACAG